CAAGUACAUGCGAGGUACCUCUUCCCGAGUGAGACAGACAAACUCAGACAAGUCGAGAGUUGUUUAACUUCUGUCGAUAUUCCUCCAUAUUCAUAUAUCUUUCAGCAUUCGCAUAAAACUGCCGUUCUAGCCGGCGGGGAGCUGAGCUGAGCCAAGUCUGCCCCUCAUCAACGUCAUCAUCUUCGCGACGUUCUUACUGCCACCAUCUGCUGUAUCACCGAUCGUCACACAAUGUCUGAAUUAAUCACUGGCCUGUCUAAAUUGAGCCCGUUUGCUCGCAAAACCGCCGUAGACGAGGACGAUAUCGGCGAUGCCAUCGAUGGGGACACCGUCGCAGGCGGCGGCCAUGCCUCGCGCCAAUCGCCCAUAACUAAAGAUCAGCUUCGGGUCAGCCACGCCUUAAAGAACUUUCUGAUAAAAGAAGGUCUUCUCAACAAACACGAAGCUGGUCUGGAUCUGGAGCAUCCUACACCGGCUUUACAGAGUCUCCUAAACAAAUCGCAUAUCAACGUUCCUCCGGAAGUCAUUGAUCGGUCGCACCCAUUGCCAGACUACUUCAUUAGCUCCAGCCACAAUACAUACCUAAUUGCUCACCAGCUCUAUGGAAAGUCUUCCGCCACUGCGUACGAGACUGCACUCUACACUGGAUCACGCUGUGUCGAGAUUGACGCCUGGGAUGGAGACAAUGUUGAUGAACCAAAGGUCACACACGGCUAUACGCUUGUCUCCAACAUCCCGUUCCGAACAGUUUGCGAAACCAUUCGUGAUGUAGUUGACAAAGAGGCCGCCAGCGGCUUUCAAGCUGCACCGAUAGUUCUUUCGCUGGAAAACCAUUGCAAGGAACAUGGCCAGCUGCGCCUUGCCCGGAUCAUGAGGGAGGUCUGGGGAGACCGCCUCCUCAGCAAGGCACUGCGUGAUGAGAACCUGGGCGGGAUCAGUGAUCAUGUUAGCCUAGCUGAGCUGGGCAACAAGAUUGUCGUGAUAGUUGAACACCAUCUUCCCAAUGAGGUUGAAAGCAGCGAUUCUGAUGACGACUCAGAGGACGAGGAAUCACGCAAGGCUCAUGAGCAGUAUCGCCAACAAAAGAAAGACCAAGGUGCAGGACUGAUCAUUCCUGAGUUGAAAGAGCUAGGAGUGUAUGCUCAGUCUGUCAAACCAGUCAACAACUCCUGGUUCGAAAGUGACCUCGAGAAUGCACCGCAUCAUCACCUGAUCAACGUCUCGGAGAGUGGAUUGCUGACACACAUGCCCGCGGCGAGUACCAAGAUUGCACAACACAAUUCGAAGCAUUUGAUGCGGGUAUACCCGAAAGGCACGAGGAUCUCGUCGAAGAACCUACAUCCUGUACCAUUCUGGGGUGUCGGGGCACAGAUAUGCGCAUUGAAUUGGCAAACUUUUGGCGCUGCCUCUCAGGUCAACGAGGCGCUUUUCAGCGGCUCUAACGGAUUCGUUUUGAAGCCUGCACCGCUUCGUAAAGGUGGAAACGGCAAUCUCAACACGGGAAGGAAGAGAAGGCUCCGUCUCCACGUUGCGGGAGCCACAGAUAUACAGCUUCCAGCCGAUCGUGAAGACGAUCCUGUUCCAUACGUAACAUGCACGCUCGUUCAUCCGUCAGAUCUGGAGGAUAAACCGCCAAAGCGUAAAACGUCUCCCUACAAGCCACACAAGCUUACAGGCUUCUUGCAUCGGGAGAACCCUCCGGCAAUCGAUCCGCUCUUCGAGGAGGUUCUUGAGUGGGAUUACGAGGACAAUGAGCUCGCAUUCUUGCGAUUACUUAUCAAAAGUGAUGAUUCUUUUGCUAGGAAUCCUGUUUUGGUGGUUGCAGCGGUUAGGUUGAUGUAUGCGGCACCUGGCUGGAACUUCAUCCGAAUGCUUGAUUUGAAGGGCCAUGAGACGAAAUGCACGUUGUUGGUUAAGUUCGAGUUCCAAGAUCUGUAACCAGACCAUUUGCUUAUUACAAUCAUUCAACAUAACAGUUGACAUUAUGGUCAUGAAUUCAAUACGUUUCACUGGUAUAAUGAUUUGAUUUGUUUACUUGGUACAUAUUGAACUGGCAAAUGCUCUAACGAUUGGGAUAUUCUCCAUACACCAGUAUUUUCUCCAUGCUUCCAACGCUUUCAACAGAUAAUAAAUUCCUGAUAUUGUGGUGGG